GCCAGCACCUCCACUUCGGCACUGACCGUCGCCGCGACAGCGCGCCGCGCUCACGUCUCCCUCUCACCUCUUCUGUCCGGCUCAAACCGCGCCAAACGCGAAAACUUACACAAACUUUCCUCCCAUCAACCACCAUGUUUAUUUAAACUGUGACCAUUUCUGGACUUUUAUCACCGAACACCGAUUACUUAUAGAAUGCAUGACCUUCAAUUUGCGCAGGAGGCAGGCCCUUCAUCUCCAUCUUAUGAGAUCCAAAACAACGAAGCUGAAAUGUACGAAUUCGACUUUUAUAACACCGAGAGUCCCAACUAUUACAAUGAUGCUGAUCAACGCAAUGUAGCUAUGGACGCGGAGCAGCAAGAACAAUACGACAGCAGCGGCUCAGACGCGCCGAGCCCCGAAGUCCCGAAGCGCGAACGUGCGAAUCGGCCCCGCCGUUCUGCAGCUGGUGGGUCCUCAAGCGGGAGCCCAGGCCCCGCCGCAGGCCCCGGCCGUCGCAGGCGCUGCGGCGGCAUAUCAGCUCGCGAGAGGAACCUUCGACGGCUCGAGAGCAAUGAACGUGAACGUAUGCGCAUGCAUUCGCUCAACCGAGCAUUCGAAGAUCUUAGACGGGUGAUUCCGCACGUGAGGAAGGAUAAUAGAAGUCUGUCAAAGAUAGAAACUCUCACUCUAGCCCGGAACUACGUCAAGGCGCUCACCAAUCUCAUCUGGGUAAUGAGAGGAGAAAGCCCUCGGUACAACUACACGCAAGACGAUGAGUACGUUGAGCCGGCUCGUGUGCUGGCAGACGAUUCGCAGUACAGCGGUGAGCAGAAUAACAACGAGGUGGAAGACGAGGGUCAGGAGGUGGAGGCCUGACGCCGCAGCCGCAGGUCCACUCAGGCGCGGCCUCACUAUCACUGCGCAGCGUGCGAGAAGCACGCCAACUCCAACAAAUAAACGCAACUCCGCACGCCGCCCUCCAUUUUCUUUUAUAGACUAUGGAACAUUUCCCAUAGGCUUCGAUUAACCCCCUACUUAAUUUUCAAUUUGCAGUAUUUUUUCAAACGUGAGGCUAUGUACAGAGGUGAGCAGAAUAACAACGAUAUUGAUGAUAAGGAUCGGGAAAUGAAGACCAGACAUAACGGCUCCUAGUUCACACAGGUUCGGUCCUAAAGCUAGGUACUGCGAAAAAUGCGAGAAGUAUCCAACUCCAACAAAUAAAUACUACGCUGUUGCAACUAUCGUCUCACAAACUUUUUUUCUAUCAAAAGGCUUUCAUUUAUAUUGAUCUUAUCUCAUAUUAUGUUACUUACCAGUCACUCUUGUUUUUCUGGCCACCGAAUCUCUUCACCUUUAUCUAUUAUGAGGUCUUCAUAUUUCUUUGAUAAACUAUGAAAUAUUCUGUCAACGCUGCGAUUCCGAUUUGAAAUUGCUGAUUUUUCCAAACAUGAAACUAAUACGUAAAACGCGUAAAAUUCAAAGUCUGGUGACGAAUUUUGGUAAUUUCUACUUUAGUUCAACAGAAUUCAAAAAUGUUUUUUCAAACCUUUUUAUGAAAUGAAACCAGAUUAAUAAAAGUAAGAAGAUUAUAAGUAAGUAAGUAGAUAAGUUAAUAUAAGUUACAACCUAUGAUAUGAUUACUGCUGAGACAUAAUUACAAAGGUCAAUAAUAAUGGUCCGUAGAUCCGUGUAUAACUGUAUACGAUCCGCAUGUUAUGUUUUUGUAGUUGUUUCAUGAUUCUGACCAUGAUUCCGAGUUGAUAUCAAGUGGAGGAUUCCGUCGCAAAAGUAUGGACCUGAAAAUAAUUAAAAAAACACUAAAAUUUUCAUGUUUUCCGACAAGAAAAUUCUACUUGAUAUCAACUCAGAAUCAUGGUCAGAAUCAUCCCCCUGAGUAUUUGUUGUUGUCACUAACAACCAUACGAACUUGUAUGGCUACCUGUACCUAUUCGUACGGGGUGUAAGUGACAUCGUAACAAAUACUGAGAGGGAUGAUUCAGCUCAUUAUUCUGAUUCAUUAACUCAGAAUCAUUUUCUGAAUCAUCCCCCUUAGUAUUCGUUACGAUGUCACACCUUGUAUACUUUAUUGUUGUUCAUUCUUUCUUUCUACGUUUUUGUACAAUAUUUCUUACGAUUACGGAACGUAAUACAGCAGCAUGGGAAAAUUGAAGUAGCAUGUAGGUACAUAAUCUAUGUUUGUGGUAGAUUUUGUAUAAUAAAAUCAAAAAAGUAAUAAAAAUUAGUAUUUAGCGGAUGAUAUUUAUUGAAUAUUUUUAAACUCUAUGCAUGUUUAUAAACUAUUACAUAGGAUUACUCAGGAUGAAAAGAGAUAUACCUACCUAAUAGGUAUUUCUUUUUCUACCUGGACGUGAGUAAAAUACCUAGUCUUGUAAGAAUAGCACUUGAAUAUAUUAUAGUAGUGCCAAAAUAGAUUGUUAGAAAUAAUUACCUAUUGUAAGGAUUUAACGGUCUCCGGGGUCCAGUGGUUGAGCGUCUGGUUUUUGAUCCGGAGGUCCCGGGUUCAAAUCCCGAUGGGGAUAUAUCACAAAUAUCACUUUGUGAUCCCUAGUUUGGUUAGGACAUUACAGGUUGAUCGCCUGACUGUCUAAAAGUAAGAUGAUCCGUGCUUCGGAAGCACGUAAGGUCUAUGGUCCCGGUUACUACUUACUGAUGUAAGUAAGUACAUGAACAUCAUUACAUGAGCCAUGUCAGGGUCCUUUGGCGGCUCAAUAAUAACCCUGACACCAGGGUUGAUGCGGUUGGUAAUUCACCUCACAACCCACACGAUAGAAGAAGUAAGGAUUUAUUUUUAUACGUUUUUAGUUACUUACCAUUGAAUGCAGAUAGAUGCCUACUUACAAAAAAAGUUGAAAACAGGGUUAAAUAAUAGGUAAAUAAAUGCAACGUUAGUAACUUUUAAAUUGUUAUUUAGGUGUUUGUGAGAGUAGGUAGGUACCAUAUCUAGCGGUUUUGUAUCUCAUUUCACAUCACAUGCUUUUUAAAAGAAAGAAAAAAAUGUUUACUAUUCCCAACGCCUAAACUAUAAGUAAGGAGGUAAGUACCUAUUUGUAAGACUAUCCUCAGCCAUAAACACCUUGCGAAAUGACGUAGAUUCAAAAAUGUUAAAUUGACCUUCAACAAGUUUAUAUAGGACAAUUACGUUGAAAAAGUACUUCAUUUCAGUAUUCAUUCUUGCAAUAGGAAUAACUUUGCACCUCUUAGAAAACAGGUAAGUACUUACCUACCAUAAACGGUUGUGGCAAAAAAAUAGCAGAAUAAUUGAAAUUUUACUUUGUUGUUACUAUACUGUACUUGUUGUCUGUACUUCAGUGUUGUGACUUAGCUAGGCAAAUUAGUUCUCACAUUUGGUCUCCAAAACUGUAGUCAAUUAAAUAUAAUUACCUACAAAUAGUAUGAACUUACACACAUACUCGUACGUAGGACUA